UUUCAAUCUACUUGUACUGCAAUUAUACCAAACGAUACUGGAAAAGAGAAGAGAAAAAGCCCAAAAACAAAAGGCCCAACAAUUUUACUAGGCCGAGCCCAUCCAGAAACUACCACACAAUUCCGCCACUCUCCUUAAAUACGACACCCGACGAAUCCAAAACACCCCCCAAUCGAGAAAAGAACCGACCGAAAUGUUCUUCUUCUUCGUUGGGGCUUUGGAGCAGCAAGCGGGUCGGAUCCUGAAACCCAAUCGUGGCCGCUGCGUCCGCUGCGGAUCCGUCGCCGAUCUCGUCGAAACAGAGAAGGUACUCAAGCUCUUCUUCGUCCCCGUAUGGCGAUGGCCGCCGAAAGAUCCGGCUAGCUGCCGCGACUGCUCGUUCUCUUCCCGAGUCCUUCCUUUUAACCGGCGACGAUGGCGGCGUUGGCGGCCGCUGCCGCCGGCUGCUCGCGCGCUUGCGUGUCCGUACUGUGACCGGGUUGUUGAGAGGGAGUUCCGAUUUUGCCCCUUCUGCGGGAGUGCGCUGUGAUGGGAUGAGCUCCUCGAUUCGGAGGGGCAUGCUGUAAAUAGAAGAAUGGAGUUUUUAGAGGAGGAGUUUGUAGGGGUUUUGGAUCUGCGUUGUGCUUUUGAAAUGCUUUGGUUUGGUGUAGAAAUGUAAUAAUUUCAUGUUAAAGUCGAGGGUUAUGAUAUGAUGCAAGUUAGGACGGUGAUAAUUUCUUGCAUUUUAGUUUAACUUUUACUAGUGUGCACG